AUGGAACAACACUUGUCACAUUUUGGUAUGUGGAAGAAUUAUACUAUAUGGACGGAACACGGUGAGGUGGAGGAAAAUAAUCCUACACUAGCGGAAUUUCGAGCAAGUUACAUUCAUGAAAUUGGGUCAUCUAGUGGUACUGCCGACCCUUCUAUAUACCCCGCUAUGAAUAUGCUACAUGAUGUUUUCCCGUAUGCUUCAAGAUAUGAAGAAGAGGCAAUUGAUGAUGAUGCCCCCAAUGUCAAUGAGCCAGUUGACAUGUCUAAUUAUGAGAAGUAUAGCAGGCUUCUCGAACAAGCCCAGACACCAGUGUAUGACGACUGUCCAGUUUCAGUUUUGAGUGCCAUCAUGUCACAGAUGCAUUUGAAAGUAAAGCACAGAACGAGUAAUGGACAUUAUGGAGACUAUUCAAAGUUUAUCAAAACUUUACUUCCUCCUAUAAAUAGACUUCCUAAGAGUCAUUAUAAGACAAAAAAGAUCUUGGGCGACUUCGGCCUUGAUUAUGUGAAGAUCCACGCCUGUAAGAAUAAUUGCGUGCUGUUUUACGGAGAUUACAAGGAUGCUAUCUACUGUCCCAUUUGCAAUGGGCCGAGGUAUGAUGAGGAUGCUUCUUCAGAUAAAAGGAAACCUGUUCCUGUGAAAGUUCUUCGUUAUUUCCCGUUAACUCCGAGAUUGCAGCGUCUGUACAUGUCAUCAGAGACUGCAGAGGAGAUGACAUGGCAUGGUCUUCCUAGGGAAGAUGACGGUGUUUUGAGACACCCCUCAGAUGGGGAGGCUUGGAAAUCUUUUGACGCAUCAUUUCCUGAUUUUGCGGAAGACGUUCGAAAUGUAAGGCUCGGACUAGCAACAGACGGGUUCAAUCCUAGCGGCAAUAUGACUCUGUCUCAUAGCAUUUGGCCUGUUAUUUUAAUGCCGUACAACUUACCACCAUGGAUGUGUAUGAAGAAGGAAUAUAAUUUUAUGGCAUUGUUAAUUCCAGGUCCCAAUUCUCCGGGAAAGUGUCUAGAUGUGUAUUUGAGAUCGUUGAUUGAUAAGCUAAAAGAAUUAUGGGAAAAUGGAAUCCCCACUUUUGACAGACAUAGUAAAACUUCAUUUAGGAUGAGAGCAGUCGUGAUGUGGACGAUUAGCGACUUUCCUGGCUACGGUAUGUUAUCUUCUCAUACCACUCAAGGGUACAAGGCUUGUCCCAUCUGCUUAGAGAACGUUGAUGCUAGUCGUCACGCGGACAUGAUUGUUUACCUGGGUCACCGUAGAUGGCUUCCAAUGAAUCAUGAAUGGUGGCUUGAUGCAGAUGCAUUCGAUGGCAGGGAAGAGCAUCGUGAACCACCCCCUAUUCAGUCUGGGGAUGAAAUUUUAUACAAGUUGAACUCUUUUGAUUUUGGAUAUUGGAGUAGUGAUAAAGAUGUCUUGGCCCAAAAUCCUGUGCGUCCUGCUGCACUUGACAAUUGGCAUCAUAAGAUGGUAAUCAGACCAUAUCUGCAUCGUGAUGUGGUGGAGCCGUUAGUAACAUUGUCUAGGUUUUGGCAGAGAUUAUGCAGUAGAGAGCUGAAGAAGUCAGAUGUUGUUGAAAUGAAAUCGGACAUUGUCUAUAUCCUAUGUAAAUUGGAGAGGAUCUUCCCCCCGACUUUCUUUUCGAUCAUGGUUCACCUCAUGAUCCAUCUUCCCGAACAAGUGCUUCUUACUGGUCCAGUACACUUUACUUGGAUGUUUCCCAUAGAAAGACAACUUGGUGGGUAUAAAGGUUUUGUUAAAAACAGAGCAAAGCCGGAAGGAUCAAUAGCUAACGCAUACAUUGCACAUGAGUGUGUAACGUAUUGCAAGUCAUAUCUCCAUAAUACAGACGGCACAGAGGGCCUCGACCCGGCAAGAACACCUACAUUCAACCUCUCAAUUGUCUCUGAAGAUAUAAGAAUGUUUGAUGCUCAUUUGGGACUUAUUCAACUUAAGUAUCAGAACAGGCAUGAAGAGAGGCAUAAGAAAACGUUUCCUGUAUAUUUCCUAAAAUGGGUGACGAGGAUGCAAGAACGUCAAGACAAGGAUUACUCUCCGCAAUUGCAUCAUUUGGCGUGUAUGCCACAAGGACAUAAUGUUUAUGCGGCUUGUGUAGUCAACGGUGUUAAGUUUCUCACAGAACGUCGAGAUCAACGCCGGAAGACACAGAACAGUGGCAUCAUGGUAGUGGGUAAGGAUAAUGUUGCAUACUAUGGAAUUGUUGUUGCCGUCAUCGAACUACUAUAUCCAGCAGGUAUGCCAUUUGUGUUGUUCAAGUGUAGAUGGUUUAAUACUGACCCAAAUUUUCCGAGGAGUAUGAAGAUGGAUCACGGGCUAUUAUCAGUGAAUACAUCCACAAGCUGGUAUGAGCAUGCCCCGUUUGUACUUGCCAUUCAAGCAAAACAAGUGUUUUAUCUUGAUGAUCCGAAAGCUGGUGGGGGUUGGAAAGUAGUUAACGUGAUGGAGCAUAAAAGUAUAUUUAACGCAACCACACUUCAAGGGGGCCGAGUAGAACAAAAUAUUGAGAAUAUGGCUCUUGAACCAUAUCAAGAGCCUUUAAAUUCUGACAUCCCCGACACAAGCACUAUUCUCAUCAACAACGACAUCCACUUCCCACAAGGCGAGUACAUUCCAAUUUCAGGUUUCAGAGUUCGAUUUCGGUUCUCUGCCGUACAUCCCACCUAG